AUGGCUGAAGAAACGAUAAUGAUAGAACCUGGAAGAACUAAGAGGAAAUUUGUUAAAAAGCAAGGCCGUAAGAUGUCAAGUAAGAAAACAAAAGUGAGGCCACCACCGCAUGGACAGAAGAAAGUUAAAAUUGACCAAAAAAUGAAGAAACUCUUCCGCAAGCGAGCACGAGAGUAUAAUUCUGAUGAUGAAGAAGAUGAGGCCACUGUCCCUGCUGCCUCAGAGACUAGAAUUCUGACAUCUAUCACCAAUAAAAGAAUGAAGGAGGUUGACGUAGAGGGCGAGGAUCACUCUGAAGACGAGGGAGCUGCAGGACCACCGAAAACAUUGAAUAAGAGUGCUACUGAUAUGAAUGAUCAUAGCUCUGAUGAUGAAGGAGAAGAUGAUAAUGAAAUUCAGCCAGGAAUUACAAAAUUCACUGAAGGAUGCAGAGCAUUCAAGAUGGCUUUUAGGAAUAUUACAAAGAAGAGUGUUCCUGAUGACAUGUUGGGUCCAAUAUUGUCUGGGCACAAGAAGCUUGUUAUAGACAAACUUGCAGAAGAGGAAGCUGAACGCAAGGUCAAGGGAGAGGCCAAAAAGGAAAAGCAGAUGAUAGCAGAAAAGGGGCAUGUCAAACCUGCUGCUUACUUGGACUCGCAUGAAAAGUUUCUAAUUAGUGUUGCUACAAAAGGAGUGGUCAAGUUGUUCAAUGCUGUCAAUAAGGCACAAACUGCGCACAAAGGGUUGAAUCCCUCAAGGACUAAGGAUGCAAAAGAGAUACGAAAACGGACCAAACAAGUCUUCUUUUCAGAGUUGGGGAAACCAUCAUUGCCUGCAAUUGGCACCACUACAAAGGCUAAUGAAGGCACAGGCAAGGUAGAAGAUGAACAGCCUGCUUGGGCUCCACUACGAGAUAAUUAUAUGCUGACAAGUUCAAGAAUAAAGGAUUGGGACAAAAUGCCUCUAAAGAGGAGAGAUCUGAGCGAAGGAAAAGAGGAAGAUCCAGUCAAGAUGAUGACCGGAAAAUAUACUUCCAUUGACGCGCAGCAAGUUCAGGGAUCUGUUCCUUCCGUUCCAGAUUCACGGCACGUCAGCGUCAAUUUCGCAGAUUCCAAUCUUCAGACAUUUCCUCCUUCUGGAUCGCAGGGCAAGAUUACCGCUGCUUCUGGGCCUCCUCGUGAUGCCGAUGAUUCAUUUUCAAAACCUAUAUCUGGUUCUGAUGAAACCCAGCAGGGCGGUUGGUUUCGGACUUUUACACUUGCCGCUUACAAACCGUAUUUUGAUGUGGACUCUUCAGAUGUUCUGGAGAGGAUUAUAGACUCACUAUUUCCAUUUAGAGGAUCUUUUAAUGAAAAAACUGCUACCAACCCUGAUUUGUAUGGUCCAUUCUGGAUUUGCACUACGUUAAUAUUUGUAGCAGCAUCUAUUGGCACCUUUGUGACAUAUAUAGCACACAAGCUGAAGAGCAAGGAAUGGAAUUAUGACAUAAAUCUGGUGACUUGGUCUGCUGGUUUAUUUUAUGGCUACGUCACCAUAGUUCCACUUUGCCUGUAUGUAAUCCUCAAAUACUUAUCUGCACCGGCGGGCCUUGUGCAACUAUUCUGUCUAUAUGGGUAUUCCCUGUUUGUCUUUAUUCCGGCUCUGUGUAUGUCCAUUGUGCCACUGGAUAUAUUUAGAUGGGUGGUUGCAGGUGUGGCCGGGUUCAUGUCAGCAACAUUUGUGGCACUUAAUCUCCGGGCACAUAUCAAAUCAGCAGGUGAAAGAUGGUUCUUGAUUGUUGCUGGCAUAUUUCUGUUGCAGCUGGCUCUGGCUGUUGUACUAAAGAUUUACCUCUUCACAGUAACGGUUUAA